GAUUCGCAGCUUUCAGUUUGACUACAACCACGUUAUAUGCGUCUUCGUAAUGCAGCGAAGUGCAGCAGCAAUUUAGCAUAACCCAAAGAAGGGUAUUUUUGGUUUGGUGAAAAAGCAAUAAAAUCUUUACAAAACUAAUCUUUUCUUCAAGAAUGUGUAUAUAUAUUGAUAUCAAACCAGUUUAAAAUAAAUUUUGUGAAAACGCGAGGCAAAUUUUAAAUUAGUGCAAUUAAAAAAUGUGUCAUGUCGAUAUACAAUUUAACUAUGCAGUUACUAUAUUCUUGCGUAUAUGUAGCACAUAUUUACGUGGAAUCUCCGUGUUCAUUUUUCCAUUAAAUACAAUGCAAUAUAAGACAAAUGCCACUUCAUGCCAAUUAAGCAAUGGAAUCUAAACUAAUUUGGAUAAUAGCAAUAUUUUAUUCAACUCUUCAACAUAUCAGUUCAGCUUCAUCACCAUUGAAACGUCCUCGGGCCGGAGACCCUUUUGACACAUUUCCAAAAAAUUUUUGGCAAGAAUUCUCCUCCCCAUUUACGGACACGCCCGAGGAUGAGGAGGCGGAAAUAACGGAAACAACCACUCACGAACCGUUCCCUUUCUUCGCUGAUCCUUAUACAACUGUAAACGUCAGCACGCAGUUAAGCUCUAAUGUACAUCUACAUUGUCGGGUCAACGAUUUACAAGGAAAAACGGUAUCAUGGAUGCGUCGCAAAGGUGAUGAGUUAGCUCUGAUCACAUUCGGUCUUCACACGUACAGUGGCGACGCAAGGUAUUCCUUAGAGUUCGAAGAGCCAAAUGACUGGAAGCUUUCAAUACAAUAUGCGAAUGAACACGACGAAGGACCGUACGAGUGUCAAGUCUCUUCACAUCCGCCUUUAGUAUUGUUAGUAUAUUUAACAGUAAUUGUUCCUCAUGUGGAAAUACUCGAUGAAAGAGAUUCGGCCACUCCUGAAAAAUACUAUAAAGCUGGAAGUACCAUUGAACUGAAAUGUGUAAUUUCAAAAAUACCGCAGCCAUCAUCCUACAUCACUUGGCAGCAUGGUAAACGAAUGCUGAACUACGACACUAGUCGGGGGGGAAUCAGCGUCAAGACUGACAUGCUUCCCGGAAGAGCACUAAGCCGUCUUUACAUUGCCAACGCGAAUCGACAGGACACUGGAAAUUAUACUUGUAUGCUUGGCAACGAUAUUUCUGGAACCGUAAUGGUCCACGUACUAAAUGGUGAGGAGCCAGCCGCUAUGCAGCAUGCAUCAGGAGCUAGGCUGUGCUCUCCUAUUUCCAUAAUGAUAGUUAUAAUGAUUACGUCAAAGAUUUGUCUACGAUGACAACACUAAUGUGAACUAAUCAACACUAACACCAACCAACACCAUUUGUCCAAAACUGCAUUUUCCAUGUCUGCAUAAUAAAGGGUUGUUUUAGAAUUUAAUUAAAAAUAGAUACAUACAUAUUACAAAUAAAUAAAUAGGAUAUGGACCCAACAAUUUUUACGCAAUACAUAAUAGUAUAAAUA